UUGUCAAUUGUCAUUGUCACCGUAUCAUAAAUUUAUUAAAGAACGAUGAGUUGUGCAAUCUUGGAUUGGUUGGAAUAGUUAUUAAAAGCAGAAAAAAAAACUGUGAAUCCGGAAUAAAGAAAGUUAUUCAAAAAAUUUGGAAAAAAAAAAAAAAAUUUUAUAAAUUUUAUUGGAAUUUUUAUAAUAAAUACAAAUUGUAAUCAUUUCGGCGAUAUUUACCAAGUGAUUCAUUGCAAAAAAAAAAAAAAAACUUUUUUUGGUGGCUUUUUAAAGUGCAAGCACAAAUAUAAAUUAUUUUGAAAAAUCAAUUUUGUAUGUAAACUUGCUGCAAUCCAAGAAGAAAGAAAGAAGAAAAACAAAAAAAUUAUUUAUAAAAUUUUUUUAUUUUAGUAGCUUUUUUUCCUUUCAUUAUUCUAAAAAUAUAAAAUUAAUAAAAAAAUGUGCGUAGUUAUAAAGAAAACCUUUUGAAAUACACACAAGUUUUUCACAAAAGAAAAAAUUUUAAAAUUUAAAAGAAAUUGAAAAUAAUCUAAGUAGGAAUAGAAAAUACUUGAAUAUUUUUUACAAAUUUAAUAAAUUGAAAUACUUUAAAAUUUCGAAUAUCAAUUAAGAAUUUAAAGGCGAAAAAAAUUUAUUAAAAUAUCACUUAUAUCAUCAUAAUCAUCAUCAUUAUAAUAAUCAUCAUCUAUGGGUACAUAAGCAAAAAUAUAUCUUAUUUAAUAUCUAAUAUUUGAAAAAGAAAAUCUACAUAUGUGGAAAAAAUAGAAGAAGAUAGAAAAGAAAAAUGACAGAAAUAAAUAAAUUAUUAAUAGACAAUAAAAAUUUAAUACAGUAUAGAACUAGAAACGCUGGAUGUAAAAUGUUAAAUAGUAGAAGCAACAACAGAAGCAGCAGCAGUAGUAGUGGUACAAGUUUUACUACUAACAAUAAACAAAAUAACUAUAAUAUUGGAUUAAAUGAUAUUUAUUAUCAUUCAAAACAACAACAAAGGAUUAAAUCCACCACUUUGAUAACAACAUUUAAAUAUUGGAUUUUUACAAUAGUUUAUUUUAAUAUUAAUUUAAUAAAAUUAUGUAAUGGUACAUCAACUGAUAUUGCAUUGGAUGCAAAAGCAAAUCUAACACAUAGAAUUGAUAGUUUAAAUUUAUUAGUUUAUACAUUUUUAUUAACAUUAACUGUAUUAACAAUAUGGUUAUUUAAACAUCGAAGAGUAUGGUGGUUACAUGAAACAGGAUUGGCUGUUAUAUAUGGUCUUAUUGUCGGUGCAAUAAUACGAUAUGCUGGUACAACAACACCACUUAUUCAUGUAGCAGUAAAUCCAGAUCCAGAUACAAAAUUUAAUCAAAGUUUACCACCUGAUACUUUAUGGUUAAGGUUUCCUGGUAAAUUAUCUCCUGGAACUGACGAUAAACAACCAAAUAAAACAUAUACAUAUUUUUUUCGUGGUCAAGUUUAUGAUAUAGCCGAAAAUGAAAUUGAUUUAAAGGCGACAUUUGAUCCAGAAAUAUUUUUUAAUAUAAUUUUACCACCAAUUAUUUUCCAUGCUGGUUACAGUUUAAAAAGGAAAUAUUUUUUUAGAAAUUUAGGUGCUAUACUUACAUAUGCUAUCAUGGGAACUACUCUGUCGGCAUUUACAAUAGGUGCUCUGAUGUACGGUUGUGUAAGGCUAAUGCCAGAGACUCUUAAAAAUAGCUUCACAUUUUUAGAUACAUUGUAUUUUGGUGCACUUAUUUCACCGACAGAUCCAUUGACAAUAUUAGCAAUUUUUCAUGAUAUGCAUGUUGAUGUAAAUAUGUAUGCACUAGUAUUUGGUGAAUCAGUUCUUAAUGAUGCUGUUGCUAUUGUUUUAAGCGGGGCGAUUCAAAAUUAUGGGGAACAUUAUUCAAGUACAGGUGGAUUUGAAUCGUAUGCCUUUUUUAGAUCUUUAAGUGAUUUCUUUUGUAUAUUUAUGCUUUCAUUGUUAAUUGGAGCAACGAUGGGUUGUAUAACAGCUUUAUUGACAAAAUUUACAAGAGUUCGAGAUUUUCCAUUAUUAGAAUCAGCAUUAUUUGUUUUAAUGUCAUAUAGUACAUUUUUAAUAGCUGAAGCAUCUGAAUUAACUGGUGUUGUUGCUGUAUUAUUUUGUGGUAUUUGUCAAGCUCAUUAUACAUAUAAUAAUUUAUCAGAUGAUUCAAGGACAAGAACGAAACAAAUAUUUGAAUUAUUAAAUUUCUUAGCAGAAAAUUUUAUAUUUUCAUAUAUUGGUGUAUCAAUGUUCACUUUCCCAAAACAUCAUUUUGAUCCAUUCUUUAUUCCAGCAGCAUUUUUCUGUGCUGCAAUUGGUAGGGCAGUUAAUAUUUAUCCAUUUUCAUUUUUAUUGAAUUUGGGACGAAAACCAAAAAUAUCUAUGGCUUUUCAACAUAUGCUCUUCUUUGCUGGUUUACGAGGGGCAAUGUCAUUUGCAUUAGCUAUUAGAAAUACAGUUUCAGAAGCUAGACAAACAAUGUUGACAACAACUUCAUUAAUUGUUAUUUUUACAGUGAUAGUACAAGGUGGUGCUGCAAAUUUUUUACUUAAUUGGUUGAAAAUACCUGUUGGUGUAGAUGAUGAGACUGAACAAUUAAAUAAUUAUCCUGUAAGAAGUGUGUACAAUUCAAUGGAAAAUACAGCUGCAGCGUCCAUCGAUACUGGAUUAAAUUUGGGUCAAUUACCAAUAGCACGACGACGUAGUUCAUUGGAUACUGAUAAUGGUGAUAUUGAGGGCGGAGCAACAACACCCGGUGGUACGAAACGUGGUAAUGAAAAAGCAGCAUUAGCCAAAAUAUGGGGAAAUUUCGAUACAAAAUAUAUGAAACCACUAUUAACACAUUCAAGACCUACAUUAUUAGAAACUUUACCAGUUUGCUGUAAUCCUGUUGCAAGACUUUUAACAACUACCGAACAAUUAACACAGGAGGGUGGAACAAGACGUUCUGAUUCAGAUUCAGAUUUAUGCCUUGAUGAUGGAAAUGAUGAUUAUAAUCGAAAUGGUAGUAAUGGUGGUGGUGUUGGUAAUAAUAGUAAUGAUCCGCGUAGAAAUUCUAUUAAUCGUAUGGAAAUAUUGGAAAAUAUUCAGAGUCCAGUUUCAACACGAAUUAGGCUAUUAGGGUUGUAUGGGAAAAAUAUUUAGAUAAGAAGAAUAUUUUUAGUUUAUAUGCAUAAAUGCAUAAAUAUGUGCAUUUUUUAAAUAAAUAUAUAAAAAAUAUAAAUAUAAAUUAAUUUCAAAUGUUUAUGUUUUGGAUUUUAAAUUUUUUUUUUAGAAAUUUAUUAAAUACAAAUUGUAAAAUUAAAUAAAAACAAAUUGUUUAAAAGGAAGAAAAUUAAAUAAAUAACAUGUGGGCAAUGGGAGUAAUCAUUUCAUCAUUUUUUUAAUGUUUUUUUGUUAGUAAAUUAUUCAAUAUUCGAAUAAAUAAAAAAUUUAAAUUUGUAUAAUUAUAUUUGCACUGGUUUACAAAGCAUAACUUCAUUUUUUUUGUUUAUUUUUGUUACAUUGGUUUUUGUUAAUAUUCAUUUUUUCAUAAAGAAGGGCAGUGGGUCUGUUCAAAGACAAAAAUUAAAUUGGCUAAUUUUUUUAUUUCUAAAUUGUAAUUAAAAAAUUUAUGUCAAAGUAAAUAAUAUUUGAAAUCAUUUACAAUUUUUGUAAUAUUCAAUUAAUGAAUACCCCCAAGCCCCAUUGUAAUUUUAUACAAAUAAUAAAAUAUCCCGAAUUUUGUUGAUUAAUUUUAUUAAUAAAGUAUUUAUUAAAAUAUUAACUUUGUUAUUAAAUUUGAUCGGUGAAAUAUUGUAUUGCAUAUAAAAAGUUUAAAUGAAUAAAAAACAAAAAUGAUUAAAAAAUAAAAUUUGAUAAAAAUUUAUUUUUUUUCGGUUUCUAAAAUAAAAAUGUAAUUAAAAUAUUUGAGGGGUGUUUUUUAUCUGCUUUCUAAACGUUUUUAUUUUUUAAAAGUUAUUUAUGAUAUAAGUAGAUAAUAUUAAAAUAUUUGAAAUUUCAAUAAAUUAAUUAAUUAAUGUUAAAAACUAAAUGUGUUAAAUGAAAAUAAAAUAACUUAUGAAAGUUAAAAAUAAAAUAAAAUAAAUGAGAAAAAAAAAACAAUUUUUUUAGACUAUUUGUCAAAUUUUAUAUACAAAUAUUUUGAAUUAACUUUUAUUAAAGUUAAUAUUACUUAACAAAAAAUUAUUUAUC